AUGUCUCUACGAACUAUAAGCAAAAUUGUAUCUGCAAAUUCAAUUCCUGAAGGAUUUGGGGCUUCCGUACUUCGGUCAAUUGGGGGUAGAUCACCUCUUAGAGAUUUAAACCCGUUUUUAUUAUUUGAUCAUUUCAUUGCAACAAACAAUAAGGGAUUCCCUGAACAUCCUCAUAAAGGCCAAGAAACAAUUACAUAUGUUCUUAAUGGUCGAAUUGCUCAUGAAGAUUUCACUGGGUCCAAAGGUGUACUUUAUAAAGGUGAUUUACAAUUCAUGACUGCUGGAAAGGGAAUUGUUCAUCUGGAAAUGCCUAUGGAGAAUGAAGAUUUAACACCUACUAUAGGUCUUCAAUUAUGGGUUGACUUACCCAAACAUCUACGAGGUACAGAGCCUCGUUAUAGGGAUUUGAAAACUUGGGAGAUUCCUCAAGUAGUUGACCAAGACGGAAAAGUGAAAAUCCGAGUGAUAUCAGGAAAAUAUAAUGAUGUCAAUAGCGUUAAAGAUCUUGCUUAUACUCCAAUUCAUUUUUAUCAUGGUACUUUACAACCUGGUAGUCAUUUCCGUAUAAAUACCCCUAGAGACUUUAACUUUUUCACAUACAUUAUUAACGGAACACUUUCGGGCUUGACACCUUCAAGUGACAAGAGUGCGGGAAGAUUACAAAAUAUCAUAUAUAAUAAUGAUGGCGAUUAUGUUGAAGGUGUUAAUAAUUCUGAUGGUGAAGUAGAAUUCGUUACAGUUGGUGGCCAAAUCUUAGAUCAAACUUAUAAGAAGUAUGGACCAUUUAUAGGUGAUACCAAGGCCGAAGUAGAAACUGCUUUUGAUGAUUAUGAAGCAGGUGUUAAUGGUUUUGAAAGAGUUUUGAAUUGGAAAUCAACCAUAAGUGAGGGUGUUGAAACUGGUGAUUUAAAGGCUUUGGGUGGUUCUUUGGCUGAAAGAGAAAUAGAGAGAUUAGAAUAUUUAAAGAUGAAAAAAACAUGA